GGCGGGGGAAGCACCGGGGCCGUGCCACGACAUGGCCGGCCAGGAGCCCGCGGUGCCGCCGUUGGAGGACGACUUCCAGUUCAUGCUGUGCGAGGGCUGCCGGCAGGAAUCGCCCGACCUGAAGCUGCUCACCUGCCUGCACACGCUGUGCCUGGGCUGCCUGCGGGAGAACAAACCCGUGGGGCAGUGCCCCGUGUGCCAGGCGCCCAUCCCGCAGCCCGACGGCAUCCCCAACGUGGACAACGUGCUGUUCAGCAGCCUGCAGACCCGCCUGAGCAUCUACCGGCGCAUUGUCAGCGGGGCUGAGCUGCUGUGUGACAACUGUGGGAGCAGCAGUGAGUACUGGUGCCCGGAGUGCAAGGAGUUCCUGUGCACAAAGUGCUUCGAGACCCACCAGCGCUACGUCAAGAGGGAGAACCACGAGGCCAAGAGGGUGCAGGACAUCAGGGUGGGAUCGCCUCAGGAGUUCCUCGAGGGCACCAGGAGGACCAGCAGCUCGUCCUGCCCCAUCCCGACCCACCAGAACCAGACUCUAAGCAUCUACUGCAAGCAGUGCUGCAGGGCGGUGUGCUGCAUCUGCGCUCUGCUGGACGCCGCUCACACCGGGCAGCACUGCGACAUCAGCACGGAGGCACAGCGGCGGCAGGACGAGCUGGCAGUGCUGGGGCAGGAGCUGGCGCGGCGGCGGGGCGGCUUCGAGGCGUCGCACGCGGCGCUGCAGGAGAAGGCGGCGCGGCUGGAGGCGGAGGGGCGCGGGAUGCGGGAGCUGGUGAGGCAGCACGUGGAGCAGCUGGUGGAGCUGAUCCGGCGUGAGGAGGAGAAGCUGCUGGAGCUGGUGGAGAAGAGGCAGGAGAGGGGCCGGAGGGAGCUGGAGGGGGAGCUGCGGCGCGUGGAGGCCGUGCUGCGGAGGAUGGAGGCGGGCGAGAGGCUGGUGGAGAAGAUGGGCCUCUACGCCACGGAGCAGGAGGUGAUGGACAUGCAGCCCUUCGUCAAGGAUGUGCUGGAGGAGCUGCGGAGGCAGCGCCCGGCGGCGGAUGUGGAGCUGGUGCUGCACGAGGACUUUGCUGAGUGCCGUGCCAGGCUGCAGGAGCUGGCUGAGCGCAUCGAGGGGCUGCAAGAAGCUGCCCCUGCUCCAGCCACCACGGAAAACUCCCACCAGGUGAGAUUUGCUUUCUGCUCACACCGCAAGCCAUCCCAAAUCCCAGGGCUCCCCACGACAUCUCCAAGCACCCCCGUAUCUUCUGUUCAUUGCCUCCAUCUCUGCCCCUUGCCCCAGGUCCCAUUGACCUCCACACCUGCCAAGAGAAAGAAAGAUGAAGGCACCACCACAAUGCCAUUCCCUCCAAAGGUGAUAAAGGUUGAGAAAGAUGACGAUGAGUGGAGCACGCCAGUGGUGCCACAGGAACCAAACUGCUUGCCCCAACCGCAGAUCAGCUUUUCUCCACCCACCAUGACUGCCAGCAGGGAAGGCAGCAGCAAUGAGAGGCAUGACUCAGAUAGUGACCUUCUCAACUUGGGCAGCGCUGAAGAGGACAGCAUGGAUGAGGAGUUGCUGGACCCCAGUCUCCUAGACGAUAUGCUCGAGGAUGGCACCAGCAGAGAUAACUCACACCUUCCCAUCUGCCUCAAGAACACACUGGAUGUGGGACAAGGAUCCGUGAUCUUCUUUGACGUUGAGAUUUGGAAAAAUGAAGUCAUUCAGAUGUCGGUAGUUGAUAAAGAGAAAAUGCUCUCAGUCAUCAUUCAGCCCAUGAUGUGUUUGCCCACCUCGACAGCCAUAACUAAUAGCUAUGAGAUGGGCCUGAGGGAUCUGCUUAGCCACCUCAGCACCAUCCGCAGGCCCAUCCUGGCUGCCUUUGAUCUCUGGUCACUGCCCUUUCCCACCCUCCUGAAAAGCCUGAUGGCCAUUGGCAAGAAAGAGGAGUUCUUCUCCAUGGUGUAUGGCUUCCUGGAUGUUCUACCCCUAAUAAAGGAGAAGAUCCCCAUGAAGGAGAGCUGCAAGCUGAAGAACUUGGCCAGCAACUUGCUGUGGCGGGACCUCAGAAGCUCUAGCACCCUGGAGAGUGCCAAAGCCACGAAGGACCUAUGCAAUGUUCUCGAGAUCGACCUGAAGAGCAAACCCAGACAGCUCCUCAGCCUCGCCAACCUUGAGUCCUUCAUGUCCCUGCAACCCUUGCUGGACAAGAGGCUGCUCAGCCGGCCCUCGGCCCAGACGUUGGCUUCCCAUGGCAUCGGCCUCCCCGAGCUGCACGCCUGCUUCGCGUGUGACCCCAUCAGGGGGCUCCCCAAGAUGUGUGCCGUGGUCAAUGCCCACCGGCAUCCCUCUGAGAAGAAGGUCCGUCACCUCAGCAAGGUCAAGGCCUACUUCCAGCAGCAGCCACUGGCGGGUAGCAGCCACGCUUUGGUGCAUGACGAGUUGCUGGAGGCCAUGAAGACCAAGCAAGACUGCUGAAAGGUAGUCCAUACCAAACCCAUUCCAUUGCCCUGCUUGGGAUGCAACCCAGCUGUGUGGUACAAAUGCCCUAAGUGAGCACACAGGAUGAUACUCUCCAAAUGCAAUGCCAGCCAGGGCAUUGCUUGACGGUGCAAUGAGCUUAACUGCCCUUUUUGUAUGCAUGCAGAUGAAAUAAAUCAUUUCUAUAUUUUGUCA